GCCGCCUUGGACGGCGCUGAAGACGCCCUGAACGUGCAUGACGAACCGACCGGCUCCGCACUCAGGCUGCUGGAGGCAGCGGAAGCCUUCAACAUCUCGCAACCAGCAAACUGGUGCCUGAAGGGUCAGUCUCAUGCCAUCACUAGACCCAAAACAAACACCGCAGCUACUGUAGUGACCAGUGACCAUGACCAUCAGUAUAAAAAUAGUGACCAACAUGAUCAGACAGGGCAGGGUCAGUCUCAGGCCAUCACUGUACCCAACAAAAACACCACAGCUACGGUUACAGUAGUCACCAGUGGUCAUGAUGAUCAUCAGUAUGAAAAUAGUGACCAACAUGAUCAGACAGGGCAGGGUCAGUCUCAGGCCAUCACUGUACCCAACAAAAACACCACAGCUACGGUUACAGUAGUCACCAGUGGUCAUGAUGAUCAUCAGUAUGAAAAUAGUGACCAACAUGAUCAGACAGGGCAGGGUCAGUCUCAGGCCAUCACUGUACCCAAUAAAAACACCACAGCUACGGUUACAGUAGUCACCAGUGGUCAUGAUGAUCAUCAAGAGGGUCAGUCUCAGGCCAUCACUGCAUCCAACACAAACACCACAGCUACUGUAGUGACCAGUGGUCAUUAUUAUCAGUAUGAAGAUAUGAACCAACAAAAUCAGACAGGAGAGGGUCAGUCUCAGGCCAUCACUGCAUCCAACACAAACACCACAGCUACUGAAGUGACCAGUGGUCAUUAUUAUCAGUAUGAAGAUAUGAACCAACAA